AGGGGGUCAACGCCAACUCAAACUUGGCACACCCCGCCGAUUAUAUCUCAUUUCCCUCUCCUAGUAGUCCAAAUAAUAUCCUUCACCGGAAAAAAACUGCAAAUAUUCCUUCUCCGUUAGUAAAAAUGAAGGAUGAUUUGUGUAUAGACAUUGAUCCUUCUUUAACGGAAAAUAAUCUCGCUACUGCUGAAGAUUGGCGUAAAGCACUUAGUAAAGUUGUUCCUGCCGUUGUUGUGCUUCGAACCACUGGUUGUCGAGCAUUCGAUACUGAAUCUGCUGGUGUUAGUUCCGCUACGGGAUUUGUUGUUGAUAAACGUCGUGGAAUUAUACUCACCAAUCGACAUGUUGUUAAACCUGGACCUGUGAUGGCAGAAGCUAUGUUUGUGAACCGUGAAGAAAUACCAGUUUACCCCAUAUACAGGGACCCUGUUCAUGAUUUUGGCUUCUUUCGCUAUGACCCUGGUGCAAUACAAUUUUUGAGCUAUGAAGAGAUUCCUCUUGCUCCUGAUGCUGCCUCUGUAGGUGUCGAAAUCAGGGUUGUUGGUAAUGAUAGCGGAGAGAAGGUGUCUAUUUUGGCGGGUACCCUUGCUCGAUUAGAUAGAGAUGCUCCGCAAUAUAAGAAAGACGGCUACAAUGACUUCAAUACAUUCUACAUGCAAGCUGCUUCUGGGACUAAAGGUGGUUCAAGUGGCUCGCCUGUAAUAGAUUGGCAAGGAAGAGCUCUUGCCUUGAAUGCUGGGAGCAAGUUAUCAAGUGCCUCUGCUUUUUUCUUGCCUUUAGAACGAGUUGUCAGGUCACUCAAGUUCUUACAGGAAGCAGGAAAUUUUUCUACAAAUACAUGGGCAGCGGUCACUAUUCCUCGUGGUACACUUCAGGCUACUUUUCUCCAUAAAGGAUAUGAUGAGACACGCAGGCUUGGUCUUCAACGUGAGACGGAACAGUUGGUGCGCAAUUCAACUCCAUCCACCGAAACUGGAAUGCUUGUUGUUGAUGCUGUGGUUCCUGGUGGCCCGGCUCAUAAUCAUUUAGAGCCCGGUGAUGUGCUUGUUCGCAUGAAUGGAGAGGUUGUUACCCAGUUCCUGAAGAUGGAGACUUUACUUGAUGACAGUGUUGAGCAGAAAAUUGAGCUUCAAAUUGAAAGGGGUGGCACUCCUAUGACAGUGGACUUGUUGGUUCAGGAUUUGCACACAAUUACUCCAGACUACUUCUUGGAAGUUAGCGGUGCAGUGAUCCACCCCCUUUCUUAUCAACAGGCUAGAAAUUUUCGUUUUAACUGUGGUCUUGUCUAUGUGGCCGAACCAGGAUACAUGCUAUUUAGAGCAGGAGUUCCUCGCCACUCCAUCAUUAAAAAAUUUGCAGGGGAAGGUAUAUCAAGGCUUGAAGACUUAAUUUCUGUUUUAUCUAAGUUGUCUAGGGGUGCAAGAGUACCGUUGGAGUAUAUAAACUACAAGGCACGUCAUCAAAGAAAGUCUGUCUUGGUCACAAUUGACCGCCAUGAGUGGUAUGCACCCCCACAGAUCUAUAAGCGCGAUGACAGUUCUGGCUUAUGGACAGCGAAACUGGCUUUGCAGCAGGAGUCCCCACUCUUGGUAUCUGGCAUUUAUCCAGUCGAACAAGAUUUAUCAAAUCAUGCCGGGUCUUGUACUGGUGAGGUUAGUCCAAAGGACUAUAGACCUGAACAAGUCAGCCAAGAACCCACUGAUGGAGUUACUAGUGUGGAAAUUAGUGGUGAACUUGCUGCUGAGGGACCAAAUGCUCAGGAUGAUUCUGAUAAUGAAACAAAGAAACGGAGGGUGGAAGAGCACUCAUCUGAAGACGGCAAUGUAAUAGCCGAUUGUUCUUUAAAUGAGCGUGCAGGAGAAAGGUUGAAGGAGUCUGGAUCCCCGGAAGAUUCAGUUCUGAGAGAUUAUCAAGUUGCAGCACCUGUAGAAGCUACAUCAGUUGCUGAGCGUGUGGUUGAGCCAACUCUUGUGAUGUUUGAGGUUCAUGUCCCUUCAUCAUGUAUGCUUGACGGUGUUCACUCACAACAUUUUUUUGGAACUGGGGUAAUUGUAUAUCAUUCCCAAACCAUGGGCUUGGUUGCUGUUGACAAAAAUACAGUUGCAGUACCAGUUUCUGAUGUGAUGCUAUCGUUUGCUGCUUUUCCUAUUGAAAUUCCUGCCGAGGUAGUCUUCCUCCACCCUUUCCAUAAUUUUGCUCUGGUUGCAUAUGACCCCUCUGCUUUGGGAGCUGCUGCCGCCUCUGUGGUUCGUGCUGCUGAACUUCUUCCUGAACCGGCUCUUCGUCGUGGAGAUUCAGUGUUUCUAGUGGGAUUGAGUAGAAGCCUGCAGGCAACCUCUAGGAAAUCAAUCGUGACUAACCCUUCUGCUGCUGUGAAUAUUGGAUCCUCUGAUGUUCCGCGAUACAGAGCAACAAACAUGGAAGUCAUUGAGCUUGAUACUGAUUUUGGAAGCACCUUUUCUGGUGUGCUGACUGAUGAACGUGGAAGGGUUCAAGCUUUAUGGGGAAGCUUUUCAACGCAGCUCAAGUUUAGCUCGAGUUCAUCAGAAGAGCACCAAUUUGUCCGAGGUAUCCCCAUAUAUAAAAUAAGCCAACUCGUUGACAGGAUCACUUCUGGCACUGAGGGACCGCCUCGUCUUAUAAAUGGUUCGCGAAGACCUAUGCCGUGUAUAAGAAUGUUAGAAGUUGAACUUUACCCUACUUUGCUUUCUAAAGCUCGAAGUUUUGGACUAAGUGAUUUAUGGAUCCAGGCCCUCGUGAAGAAGGAUCCUCUGAGACGCCAAGUAUUGCGAGUCAAAGGUUGCUUCGCUGGCUCAAAAGCUGAAAACUUGUUGGAACAAGGGGACAUGGUCUUAGCAAUCAAUAAGCAGCCAGUUACAUGCUUUCGUGACAUUGAAGAUGCAUGCGAAUCGUUAGGCUAUUCCAGUCACGACGAUGGAAAUCUAGACUUGACAAUUUUCCGUCAGGGAACUGAAAUUGAACUAGUUGUGGGAACGGAUGUGAGGGAUGGAAAUGGAGCCAAACGAGCAAUAAAUUGGUGUGGUGGUGUUCUCCAAGAACCUUAUCCAGCCGUACGUGCACUUGGGUUUCUGCCUGAAGAAGGCCAUGGAGUGUAUGUGGCAAGGUGGUGUCAUGGGAGUCCCGCACAUCGUCAUGGUCUCUUUGCUCUUCAAUGGAUAGUUGAAGUCAACGGGAAACCAACACCUAACUUGGAUGCUUUUGUCGAUGUGACUAAGGCAAUCGAGCAUGGAGCGUUUGUUCGUAUACGAACAGUCCACCUGAAUGGGAAGCCUCGAGUGCUUACAUUGAAACAAGAUUUACACUACUGGCCAACAUGGGAACUCAGGUUUGAUCCUGAAACUGCAGUGUGGCGACGCAAAGUAAUCAAAUCAUUGGAUUCUGGUGUUCUGUGAACUGUCUCAGCUGAUUGUCCAAAGCAUUUACCCCACUCGGUAAUUAGAGUACUGUUGGUAUUUGAAGUUGUCAUGUAUCACUGUACGAGAAUCUUAAUGAAACUUUGAGUUGAUGCCUAUAUGUUAAAUAACAAAUCAUCUGAUCAUUUUAUAAAAUAAUAUAAAAAAUCUUUUGUAUGA